AUGUUACCUCCCCCUACGUUUUUCUCGACUCUAAUAACAUUUCACCUGUUCCCACUUCAUGCUCCAAUAACUCUUUACGGGCUGAAUGCGCCUUUCGGUCGAUUCGCAAGUAAGACUUCGAGAUUCAAUCUCAACGGUAACAUAGCAUGGGCUGCUGCUGAAUUGGUUUCUCCUAUAACAUUCGCGACGACAUUGUUACUUAAUCCUCAUGCACCAUUGAAUUACCCAGCAAGAAUACUGGCUGGUUUGUACUUUGCCCAUUAUGCCCACCGGGCGAUAUUCUCUCCUCUCAUCCUCUCUCCUAAGCGAUCGCCUCUUCACGUGAUCGUGGCACUCGCAAUGGGCGUGUUCAACGUUUUUAAUGGGUAUCUGGUAGCUUCUGGAUUAGCUUUUUACCCUCCCGACGAUAAGGUAUCAUGGAAGUUCUGGUUGGGAGUGUUUGGCUGGGCAGUAGGGUUUAUUGGCAAUGUAUAUCACGAUGAAGUCCUAAAUGAUCUUCGACGACCUCCUUCUGAUAGACUUGUGAUUUCACAUCUACCAGAAGAUGAUGAUCCGAAAUCCGGAAAAUACAAAGUGCCCAGAGGAGGUCUAUUUAAUCUUGUUUCAUUUCCCAAUUAUCUUAGCGAAUGGAUCGAAUGGACCUGUUUUGCCAUUGCAGCAAGUUCGUCACCCAUCAUCUCGCUUCCUUCCCUCACGCGACUAUCUUUGCAACCUGGAUUAGGUAGAUGGAUCAGUACGAUAUGGUGGCCUAGUCAUUUACUUCAUCCUGCAUGGAUGUUCGUCUUGGCUGAAAUAUCAAGUAUGUUACCUAGAGCUUUAAAAGGUCAUGAAUGGUAUCAAGAGAAAUUGGAUAACUAUCCUAAAAAUAGAAAAGCUGUUAUACCAGGAAUGCUCUAA